GGCAAAGAGUCGCACGUGGCCAUGAAGAUUCACUGCGUUGUGUUGGCUGCCGCGUCGCUGUUGGCGGCGCUACCGACGAGUGCAAGCUCAGAGAUCGCAGCUCCCAUCCGGGUGGCGACUACCGAAAAGCGGAUCUAUCUUCGUCGAUCUCUGUCGGAUACGACGACUGGAGAAGAGGAAAAUGGCAUCAACAAUAAUGAGUCGAGCGCCUUAAAUGAGGCAGAAGAAGGAUUUGAGGAAGAAAAGAACCUGCAAACACAAGCCCCAACUACUGACACUGUACUCGAAUCCGAAGAAGGGGUUUUUGAUGAACCGGAAGAGAGCAUUGAAACUACACCGACUAAUACACAAGAAACUUCGGACGAGGUUGAAGAAGAAGAACUCGACGAGGAAAACGAGAACUUGACAUCGACGUCGAAGAGCUCGUCUAACGAGUCGUCUAUCGAUGUGGGUGACGCUGAAGAAGAAGACCAAAGCCCUCAAACCCCCGAAGUAAUUACCACAACAACGGUUAAUCUAGAUGAGGAAGAUGAGCAAAACACUGAAAACCUCACGACGAAUCUAAAAACUGAGACCCCGACGUUCGCUGAAGCCGAGGAACAAGCGUGCGGGACCGAAGACAAGAGCGUGCGAACCCCUUCGACUGACGAUCAGACGACGGAUUCAACUGAGGCUGAGGCUGAGGAUGAAGAGGACAGUGAGUCAGAGGACUCUAGCGACGAAGACUCAAGCGACGAAGACUCAAAGCGACGAGGACUCAAGCGACGAGGACUCAAGCGACGAGGACUCCAGUGA